CUCAGACAACUGACAACCACAGUCCUACAGCGACACUCUCUCCACUCACUGCAGUCACAAUGUCGUUUCAGCGUGUCGGCCUGCGCUUUGCGCAACAAAUGCGUGCACCAGCUCUCCGGACGACCCUCCGAUCUAGCAUUCAGCGACGGUUCGCCAGCGCCCACCCAGCACCUCCAGGCCAAGCAGGAACCAAGAUGGCUGGAACUCAAGACAACGCUUUCAACAGAGAAAGAGCUGCAGUAAAGGCUCACGCUGCUGCUACCAGUGACCUUUGGCGUAGACUUUCCCUCUAUGUCGUUAUCCCUUGCCUCAUUCUCGGAAGCAUCAACGCCUGGAAUCUGUGGAACGAGCAUUGGGAACAUUGGGAGCAUCUGCCUCCUUUGGAAGAGCGCGUUGAAUACCCAUACCAGAACCUCCGAACGAAGAACUUCUUCUGGGGAGAUGGGGACAAGACCCUGUUCUGGAACGAUAAGGUCAACUACCACAAGAAGGACAAGCAGACUUAAAUAUAAAGCAGAACCAAUACUGGAACUUGUACAUAUGCUGUGGGGAAGGAGCAAGAAGGAGAAAUGUGAUGGCCUCGAGUGGGCCGGAAUUCCCGAUCAACAUUUCAUACCAUUGCGUCGUUAACGAGCGUCACUCGGUUUCGACAUACCGCUUCAGACCCGUCGAGUCCUAUAUUGCUUCUCCAGGUCGAGAUACUGAGUGGCAAUAUCAUUCGCCAGCAUCAGAUCACCCCGCCAGUGCAUGAUGGUUGCCUUCUUUUUCAGCAUCUCGAGCUGGCCCCUCAAGUCUUCGAUGUACCGAAACUGCAAAUACGCAUGGUCAACAUUCUCCAUGGCUUUGCUGAUUAACUCUUUC